AUAUUUCAAGAACUCAGAUUACCAACAGGUCAAAAUUGCUCAGUAAAAAAUUCCGGCAGCCUGCAACACGUUGGGUGUUAACAAAUUUACAUACAAGUUGCAAGCUUUUGGGCGCACGCACCAUCGAAAAGAAGGUAGUUCGAAAAAAUAUAACACCUCCUCGCUGCCGGUAAAACUACCUUUGCGGCCAUUCCUGAACUAAACCUUGCCACCCAAUCGAUCUGGCCACCCCGAGCGAAAAGGCCAUAUAGCUGGACUGCUCUGCUGGAUUACCGUUUCGCAACACUACCACAAGACACGGACACACUAUUCCUCUCGCUCGGUCUUACACUUCGGCAAAACGAUUGUGCUUCGUUGCGGUCUUAGCUCACGUACGUUCGUCUCUCUCGCACAAACGGUCGAAAGGCCCCGCAUUGAUUGUGAAAAAGUAAUCGUCGCCGUAGUCUUCGUCGGGUCGCCGUUUUUACUCGCAGUGCGCUGGUGCUGCUUAAUUUCGUGACAAGGGACACUCAACCGAAAGAGCCAUAUUUAAGCAUCAAAGUUCUAGAGGCGCAACGCAGCUUUGUGUUUCGUUUUUCGUUCAAUUCUAAGCAGGAGGAUUAUAUAUUGAAUAAAACCCAAUUCUGUGCGAAGAACAAAAGAAAUACGCGAGACACCAACACCAGCACGCAACCAACCAAACACACACACAACCAACCAAACACACACACAACCCAGAAAAUCAAAUUUCAAUCAGAAAAUGGCGUUAAAAAGAAUCAAUAAGGAACUGCAAGAUCUGGGCAGAGAUCCACCUGCACAAUGUUCAGCCGGUCCAGUUGGAGAUGAUUUAUUUCACUGGCAAGCUACAAUAAUGGGCCCGCCGGACAGCCCUUAUCAAGGAGGUGUAUUCUUCUUAACUAUACAUUUUCCAACAGACUAUCCCUUUAAACCACCCAAAGUGGCUUUUACAACGCGCAUAUACCAUCCAAACAUCAACAGCAAUGGAUCGAUUUGUCUCGAUAUAUUAAGAUCUCAGUGGUCGCCAGCAUUAACUAUUUCAAAAGUUUUAUUAUCAAUUUGCUCUCUACUCUGUGAUCCCAAUCCAGACGAUCCUCUUGUUCCAGAGAUUGCCAGAAUAUAUAAAACCGAUCGGGAAAAAUACAAUGAGCUGGCACGAGAGUGGACUAGAAAGUAUGCUAUGUGAUGCGUUCCAGAUUGCAGAAGUCCAACAGAAUCAACAAAUUCAACAUCAACAAUAGCAGAAGUAAAAGCAGAUGCAACAACAACAGUAAAA